AUGAGCUUUCCAGUAGAACAACCCGGCCAACCCGGGGAAGAUAGAGUCAGGGAGGCGCUGCAAAGCGUGGGUUGCUGCGACGCCAGAUUCGGCGUCGGCCAGUUGGGCUUGGUUCACGAUGUAAAGGUGGGGGAAGACGGCGCCGUAUCGGUGAAGGUCCUGCCAUGCUGCAUUUUCGGCAUGACACGCCUUGUAACUUCAGUGAAGGAAAGCCUGUCGGAGCUCGAAAACGUUUCCAGCGUGGAAGUGGACGUGGCAUGGGACCAGAUUGGGAAAACCAGCCCGGCACCACAACCCGGCAAGCAGGCACUGAAACUGGACUUGGAUACGCUGACCCGCAAGCACGGAUUAAAACCCUGGGGGCAGUGA